GAAACGAUUGGAACUGUGGAAGCUCCUGAAAUCCUUCAAGAAGUUUGUCUGAAACAAGCAAAGGUGUAAGCCUUAUGGGAUAGAAUGAUUCAGGAAGUUGGUUCUUCUGCUGCUGCAUUGGUGUCUAAAGCAUUGCAUUUAGCUGCUCAAAAGCUUUAGGAAAUUGAAGAACAAUAAUGGCUUCUUUAACUUCAGUAAAGAUGUUGCUUCCUACUAUGCCACAUUCAACUGGGAGACAUAAAGCUUCAGGCGAGAAUGCUCAAAUUUUGGACAGACUAAACACUGGUGUUCUAUACCAAACUCAUGAUCAGUUGCGCUCCAGGUGCUUCGAUAGAUUAUCAUGUGAAGGAGCAUCAUCUCGUCGCGAGCUUGUUUUAAGAUGUGGUGGAAUUUCAAUAGCUUCAUGUGUAAUGCUGAAUUGGGUAUUAACACCAUCACCAGCUUGGGCUGAAGAGGAAUCAAAUUCUCGGGAGGAUAAGGAUGAAGGUGUGGUCGGAGCCAUAAAAUCCUUGUUUGAUCCCAAUGAGAAAACAAAGUCUGGGAAAGUGUUGCCAAAAGCAUACUUGAACUCAGCAAGAGAUGUGGUCAAGACAUUGCGUGAAUCGCUGAAGGAAGAUCCCAAGGAUAUGGUACAGUUCAGAAGAACUGCAGAUGCAGCAAAGGAGUCUAUUCGAGACUAUAUAAAUAAUUGGAAAGGGCAAAAGACAGUCAUAAAUGAGGAAUCGUAUGUCAUGCUUGAGAAAGCAAUAAGAGCUUUGGCAAACUUUUACUCUAGAGCAGGCCCGUCUGCACCUCUGCCAGAGGAAAUCAAGUCUGAGAUUUUAGGUGAUUUAAACACUGCGGAAGAGUUCUUGUAAAGUGAGCAACUUCCUGAUUUAUUUUACAUAAUUGUGGAUGAGAUGUCAAGCAUGAUGAGCCUUAGCUUUGUUGAUUCUUUUUUCCUGCUCAUAUAAUUUUGCAGGUGUUUUCUGUUGGUUGUAAAUGUUAGGAUCUGUUAUACAUUAAUUUCCCAAAAAACUUAAUUUGGUUUCCAUAUUGUUAUAAAUUAAGUUUCCAAAAA